AUGGAAGAAACAACUUACCUGACCUAUCUGGAUAACUAUGCAUCCAGCCAAACCCCUGACUUUGAGGAUGACCACUUGCAUGUCUUGUAUACUUCUAUCUUUCUUCCCAUCUUCUACACUGCUGUGUUCAUUGUUGGUGUUGUGGGGAACCUGAUCCUGAUUGGAGCUUUACAUUUCAAACGGGGAAGCCAAAGACUGAUAGACAUAUUUAUCAUCAACCUUGCUAUCUCUGAUUUCAUUUUCCUUGUUACACUGCCACUGUGGGUGGAUAAAGAGGCAUCCUUAGGGAUGUGGAGGACUGGUUCAUUCCUAUGCAAAGGAAGCUCUUACAUCAUUUCAGUCAACAUGCACAGUAAUGUCUUCUUCUUGACCUGUAUGAGUGCUGAGCGUUACUUGGCCAUUAUGUGCCCUUCUACAUCCAGAAAGUUCAGGAGGAAAGACUGCACUUACGGUAUCUGUGUCAGUGUCUGGUUUAUCUCCUGCCUUCUGGGGUUGCCUACACUUUUGUCCAGGGAUCUCACAAUAAUUGAGGACAAACCCUAUUGUGCAGAGGAGCCAGCCACUCUCUCUAAACAUGCUUGGGCCCUAGUGUCCUUAAUUUUCACUUUUUUUGUUCCUUUGCUGAGCAUCUUGACUUGCUACUGUUCUAUUGCAAGAAAAUUGUGUGCAUACUAUCAGCAAUCGGGAAAACACAACAAAAAGCUGCAAAAGUCCAUCAAAAUUAUCUUCAUCGUAGUGGCAGCCUUUGUCAGCUUCUGGUUACCUUUCAAUAUCUUCAAGGUUUUAUCUAUCAUCUCUGGACUACAAGAAGAACCUUUCUUUUCCUCAGCCAUCCUCCAAGUGGGCAUGGAGGUCAGUGGUCCUUUGGCAUUUUCCAACAGUUGCAUUAAUCCUUUUAUUUAUUAUUACUUUGAUGGGUAUAUAAGGCGAGCUAUUAUCUGCUGUCUCUGUCCUUGUAUGAAGAAUUCCACCUUUGGGAGCAGCACUGAAACCUCAGACAGUCACUUCAAUAAAAUCUUUGGAAACUUCAUUCAUGGAGAGGAUUUUUCUAGAAGGAGAAGGCGUUCUGUGUCUUUGUAAAAGUAAAGGAGUGAAAUAUUUUUAGGAAGAUUUUUUUUUUUUUAAUGGGGAGGGUAAGGAAAGGGUGCUUAAAAUGGUUUAUCAGGAAAAAAAGAAGAAAGGAGAAAAUUCUGACAGCAUUUUACAAGUUUAAGGAUGAAGAAACACAAAGGUUUGGAUGCAGGGAAACCAUUGCAUAAGGGAAAAAAAGAUAUGGAUGUGAUUGGAUCAAUUGUCAUUUAUUCCACUGACCUAUCUUCUUGUUGACCUUUGUUGAUCAAGUGCAUAACUUAGGAAGACUUUGUUGUUCUUGGACUCUUGAGCAAUGGGUCCCCCUUGAUACUAUACUUUAAAAUUGUUUUGUAAUAUACCUUCAGCCUCUUUUUCUCUUUUCACCUCUUUGGAUAUUG